GCCCACUGCUUCACUGGGUGAAUGGGUUAAAUGCAGAGAGGGAUUUUCCCCACGGGGACCAAUAAAGUACACUUACUUCUUCUUCUUCUUAUCAUGGUUCUGUAUUGCUAUUAAUUGUUUUUGAGUGAUUGUACAGUACUUUGUGUCUUUGAUGUCUAAAUAAACUUCACUAUACUUGAGUUCGUAUUCUUUUUGUCACAGUUUUCACUGGUAUCGUGUUGUGUAUUGCAUCAGACAGUUCCUAUGUUUUCUUUGUGUGGGCAGAAGGAUGAGGAGCCAGAUGUGGUGCUGGUGAAGGUGGAGGAGGUGGAGCCGAUGACGAGACCUCGGAACCGGCCGUGCCUCAGCAUACAGGAGGGGUUGGUGGAGUCCAGUACAGACGACUGCAGAGGAGUGCUGUCCUUUGAUGAAACCACACAGAUGUCCACCAAUCGGCUGUCCAACCUGCAGGACUCUGGGCGGGGCUUCUCAGAGGUCAGCUGUGGCCAUUCUUCGCUGUGGACUAAUAGGGGGGGCGGUUACAGUGAGAGCCUUCCAGGGCUGUCCUCACACUUCGCUCCACUCUCAUACUUGCCUGGCACACUCACUGGAGGAGAGCCUGGCAGCUCUGGGAGGGGAUCGGCUGCUGAGAAUGCAACAGAGAGGGGAUCAGCCGCUGAGAAUUCUAGAAAGUUGCCUACUUAUCCCUUUGAGCAGAAGCUUCCUGUUAUUGAUCUGUCAGAUGAAUCCAGCCAAAGUCAGGUGUCAAGUCAGACGCAAGCAGGACACCUGUCAGUCCAGGGGUCUCAACAGUAUCUGCACCCAGGUCCAAGUCAGGGCCCAAAAAAUCCCACGAAGAGGGAUUGUGUCUGUAGUUUCUGUGGGAAAAGGUUUCCUGCUCCAGCAAAUUUGGAAUCUCAUAUGAGAACCCAUACUGGAGAAAAGCCAUAUGGCUGCACCAUCUGUGGUAAAAAAUUCUCCCAGUUGUGGAAUUUGAAGAUCCACAGGAACAUCCACACAGGGGAGCGACCGUACCAGUGCUCGCUCUGCCCCGAAAAGUUCUCUGACCCCAGCAACCUGAAAAAACACCUAAAGAGACACCAUCCACAAAACAUGGCCAUACAGUCAGGAACAUCUUAGAUGAAAGGGCUAACACACUGUUAAUGAGUACUGUAUUUUUCAGACCAUUAGGCGCAGUGGAUUAUAUUAUAAUAAUUAUAUACUCAUUCUUCUUGCUUCUUCGACGUCCGUACCAUUGAUUCAUU